AUGGGGAGACCACGUAAUGAUUGUGUGAAGUUAUAUUUUGAACAAUUCAAUAAUGAAGUGGAUGAAUUCUUCAAUGCUGAUUUCCAAGUGGAUUACGAAUUGAGAGCUUCACGUAUUCAUGUGGACAGUAAGAUCAAAUAUUUAGAAAGAGAGGAAGCUAAGAAAGGAAUUACUCCAGAUGUAGAAGAUGACGAUGACGAUGAGGCAAAGAAUAAAAAACCCAUUCCAUUGGGUGUGCAUUGGAGUUCACGAGAGAAACGGUUGUUUUUCCAUUAUUUAUCUCGAUACUCUAUCCAUCGAUUAGACGAAUGGUAUAGAAAAGUGGGUUCCGGUAGUAAAUCGAAAUAUGAAGUGUUAACGUAUUACCGUGUCCUGCGAUCCAAUUUACAUGCAAUCAAGAGACGGAACACCAUUGAUAAAAGGAAAAAGGGACUAUUCGCAGGAAUACUACGAAGAAAGGACUUACCCAUAGCAUACGAGAUGUCCGAAUCAUUUGUUCAAUUGGAAGAAACCAUGGCGGCAUCGUUGCCCACGGGCAUUGACGCCGUGUACAGCGAGACGCCGUCGGACGAGACGCAGUUGAUUACCCUGCAGCCGUGGGAGCGGCGUUGGCACUCCGUUCUCCGUCGGAGUCCGACGGUGUCAACGCAACAGUCCGCUUUACCUGUCUCGGUCGAGGCUUACGAUUAUUUGACACGAUUAGCUAAGCGACAUCUCCGCCAAGUGAUUUACUCGACGGUUCUGCCGCAAUUGGAGCGGAAAGCCAUCGCCGUCCGUGAUAAGGAUGACGAUAACAGCGAUAAAUUGCACACGGUGCAUUUGGUCACGAGAAGGGACGUUCUCACGGGUAUCCACAGACUAAGAUUAAUGUUACGGGACACAAAGCGUGUUCCUCUGUUGGCAGAGACGUGGUUACAGACCUUAUCUAAGUUUGAACUGCAAAUAUCGGAGAGUAAGAAUAAGAGCAACUUGAGUGGCUCGAUAAUAAGGAACUCACGCACUCUUAAUGACCUGGUGGAGUGUUUUACGAGAGAGGUGCCCUUUUUGGAGCCUCUGCCGUUAUUGCGGAAGGGUGCAGAUUCUGCUGUAACGGAACCCAUAGUGGAUGGGACAAUAGCCGCCGAGGAGGAGAUGGCACUUUGUCAGUGGGAAACGUUGGAGAUGGAACAAGAGGACAUGCGGCGAUCCAGACGAUACUGCAACGCGCUAUUGCAGCGGUUUACGCGUUCUCAAACUCCAAUUAGCAUCGCCGUACAACAAGACGAGCCGUUACCCGGCGCGCCUGCCCGGUCGAAAGCCGCACUUAACCGGUUUUUGUAUUCGUAG